UCUGGGGCGGCCCCCUCGCGGGAGGGCGGGACGGGGCAGGCGGCGGAGAGGCCUGGCGCACAGGGCGAGGGCGGCGGCGGCGCAGUGUGCAGCAUGGCGUACCCGGGGCAUCCUGGCGCCGGCGGCGGGUACUACCCAGGCGGGUAUGGAGGGGCUCCCGGAGGGCCUGCGUUUCCCGGACAAACUCAGGAUCCGCUGUAUGGUUACUUUGCUGCUGUAGCUGGACAGGAUGGGCAGAUAGAUGCUGAUGAAUUGCAGAGAUGUCUGACACAGUCUGGCAUUGCUGGAGGAUACAAACCUUUUAACCUGGAGACUUGCCGGCUUAUGGUUUCAAUGCUGGAUAGAGAUAUGUCUGGCACAAUGGGUUUCAAUGAAUUUAAAGAACUCUGGGCUGUACUGAAUGGCUGGAGACAACACUUUAUCAGUUUUGACACUGACAGGAGUGGAACAGUAGAUCCACAAGAAUUGCAGAAGGCCCUGACAACAAUGGGAUUUAGGUUGAGUCCCCAGGCUGUGAAUUCAAUUGCAAAACGAUACAGCACCAAUGGAAAGAUCACCUUCGAUGACUACAUCGCCUGCUGCGUCAAACUGAGGGCUCUUACAGACAGCUUUCGAAGACGGGAUACUGCUCAGCAAGGUGUUGUGAAUUUCCCAUAUGAUGAUUUCAUUCAGUGUGUCAUGAGUGUUUAAAUCAAGAGGAAGCUGCAUGAAUGUAAUCGACAUUCCAACUGGAGCUCUCCUUUGCUUGUCCUCUUUGCCUUCGGUAAUAUGUGUAAACUUACAUCACGACUUUCUCUCUACAGCUGUUGUAAAGUUUAUUACUUUAUGUACAACUGAAGUUUUGUUUUAGUUUUGAUAAUAAAUUCUUUGGAACUUUAAUAAGAUCUAGUCUGUUACACCAUUUAGAACUUUCCUGAGCCAUUAUCAGUCAUGCCUUAUUUUCUUGCUAAAACUCUAUGUAAGUUUAAGUCACAUUAUUUAUUUUUCAUUGUGAGACACUAAAAACUGUUAAUCAGACUACAGCUGUUAUCUUUCCUCUCCUACAAAGAAUACUUCACACAUAAAAACUUAGGUAAAUGACAUAGACCCACUUGGGUGAAAUAAAACAACAAAAAAGGUGAUCCAGUAAUCCAUGUCAGGGUUCACCUUAGUAGAAGUUUAGCACAGGCCUUUCAAAACCUAUUGAAUAAUUUGAUUGGCAAAUACUAUCUGUCAACCAGUCCCUUUUUGUCAUCUAUUUAAACCUUUGUUAACUCUCCUUAAAAAUCUUGUACGUUAUAAGCUUAACUAUAUAAAAAGAACAUUGACAGAAAAAGACUAAGGGAAUAUAUGAAAAUAUUAACAAUGUUUAUUUUUGAUUAAUGGAAUUCUAGAUGACUUUAAUUUUCUUUAUAUAUUUCAGUAUUUUUCAGAUUUUCUAUAUGCUUUCCUUUUAAAAUCAGAUUUUAGUUUUUAAAAUACUGAUAGAUCCAUUUUGAUAUACCAUGUAUUAACACUUUAAAAAAUAUACAUGGCAGAGUAUUGGAAAGUAUGUACCAAAACAUUGAUCUGGCUACCACUGGGAGUCAGGAUCAUGAGUUCAUCUUCUCCCUUCUUACUGCUUUUCCAAACAUUCUCCAGUAAGCAGGUACUACAUUUAUAAUGGAAGGAAUUUUUUAAAAAAUUUUAAGCUGUACACUUUCAAGUAAGAUCUGAAUUCUAAUGCUGGCUUGUGCCUCUUACUAUGUGGUUUGGUCAUUAUAGAUAAUGCCAAGUUUCAGUUUCCCCAUCUUUGAAAAGGAGAUAAUAUGUUAUCUCUUGGUAGUAGUUCUGAAUAUGUAAAGUGUGUUGAUACAAGAAGCACUAACAAUGUUUCUGUUUCUUAAAUUUAAAACUGGCCUGGUUUGCCUUUUUUAUCAAAGAGCUUAACAGAUAAAAAAUGAAAUUAGUCUAUUUUCUACUUGCCAGCAGAGUAUCUGUCUUAUUUUAGGAUGCAGUGUGAGACUUACCAUUCAACUGAACAACUAGUUGUCAACUAAUGAAAAUAAAACAUUUUCUCUAUGCA